GCAGGGUGCGUCAGACACGCUCCUCCUCUGCCGUCUCUUUCAGCCUCUAGACAUUUCCCAUCACCAUCACAGGAGAGCGGACAGGAUGGAGACGCUGUUAAAUGAGUGGCUGUGGCAGGAGGACUACUGGCUUCCUCCUGGUAUCCAGUGGCAGGACAUUAAAAUGAGGGAAGAUGAGGGCUACUUUCCUCUACCCAGGGAUCUCAUCUACACUGUGCCGCUGGCCUUUGCCUUUAUAGCCCUCAGAUACGUCUUUGAGAGGCUCAUCGCCAUCCCGCUGAGCAAAUGUUUAGGUGUGAAAGAUCGGAUUCGUGUUCGAGCUCCUCCAAUCCCAAAGUUGGAAGCCUUUUACAAACAGAAGAGUCGACAACCAUCACAAUGUGAAGUGGUGAGUUUGGGCAAGCAGUGUGGUCUAUCCCAGAGAAAGAUCCAGGCUUGGUUCAGACACAGAAGGAACCAAGACCGGCCCAGCAACACCAAAAAGUUCUGCGAGGCCUCCUGGCGGUUUGUGUUCUACCUUGUAGCAUUCAUAGCAGGGCUCGGCUCUUUAAUUAAUACUCCGUGGUUCUGGGAUCAGAGAGAGUGUUGGAGGGGUUAUCCCAAACAGCCUGUAGCUGAUGCUCAUUAUUGGUAUUACAUCCUGGAGCUGGGUUUCUACUUGUCCCUGCUGCUAUGUGUCUCUGUGGACGUCAAGCGAAAAGAUUUCAAGGAGCAAGUAAUCCAUCACAUCGCCACCAUAUUCCUCAUCAGUUUCUCCUACUGCACCAACUUUGUGAGGAUUGGCACACUGGUGAUGCUGGUGCAUGACUCCUCUGACUUUCUUCUCGAGUCUGCCAAGAUGCUUCACUAUGCAGUGUGGACAAGGACGUGCGACUCUCUGUUUGUCGUCUUCGCUGUGGUCUUCCUGAUCACACGGUUGGUGGUGUUUCCUUGCAGAGUGGUCUACUCGACCCUGGUAGAGUCUCUUGAAUUUUUCCAGCCCUUCUUUGGUUAUUAUUUCUUCAAUGCUCUGCUGUUGGUGCUCCAAGCGCUGCACAUCUUCUGGGCCUAUCUGAUCCUGCGUAUGGUCUACAAGUUUGCGUUCAUGGGCAAGGUUGAGAAGGAUGAACGCAGCGAUGAGGAGAGUGAAGUGGAUGAUGGUGAGGAAGAGGAGGAAGAGCCUGAGGAAGAAGAGGAUGAGAGAAGCUGGGAGCAAAGGAAGGGUACAAUUAACUCCAAACUGGCAUCGCUGGCUAACAACUGUGUCCUGAACAACCUGACCAACCAGAGGAAUAUAAAUAGCAGGCUCCCCAAAGCCAGGUAGUUGAGCAGCUUCCUUCCCUGCUCAAACAAGUAGUUAUUUCCACUUCUUAUUCCACGCUUACUGGAGAUCAGUUCAUUUCUGCCAUAUGAUUCAUACCGUUUGUGUGCAUCCAACACGGUCCUUUGAUGAUUUCAGGUCUGCAUCUGCUAAUCUCAGAACAAUAGGGCAAAAAAAGCACAGAUGAUUGUAAAUCCUCAUAACCAGUGUGGGGGAAGAAACAGCAUUGUAGUUACCCCUCACUCUGCUUAAUGUAAAUAUAAACUAUAAAUAGUAAAACAAGGAGGUGGUGAAAUGUCCUUGACAUCUAAUCAUAGUUUGUGCAUCAUUGUGUUGCAUCAUAAUUUUGUAUUUAUUCUGUUUCUUUCCAUUGUAUUAUAAUAAUUUGUAAAUAACUCCAGACAGAACCUGCUUAAUUAUUUUUUGUCAACAACAUAAAGCAACUGCCUUUAUAUAAAAUCAAGCUGUCAUGUAAUAUGUAGUUCAGUAUAUUUUAAAGAGACCGACUUAUGACUACAGUUUAUUAGCAAUUUAGCCCUACAGAUUUAUGUCCACACAUGGUUUAUUGUAGAUAUUAAAAGUGUGGACUGUAGUGUCGAUAAAUCACUUUAUACUAUACUUUAGACUAUUUUUAUGAAUCAUAUUGUUAAUGUUGUAAUCUGUGGCAGAACACUACUGCAAAGGUCCCAUAGGAUUUUGGAGUUAUAUUUUUGUGACAGGAUCAUCUUUGACUUCACCUAAUAAACUGCACUGAAUAGAAUGGAUAUGGCGUCCCCUAAAGGACAAAGUAAGUCAUAUCAACUAAUCCAAAUGACUUUAUUGAAUUGUCCUUACAAAAUACAUAGAAAUUUGGACUAUGGAACCAUAUUGGUGUGUGUCAGGCAGCAUGAUUUCCCAGUAAGGUUUUUAUUAAGGUUUCCUCCACUGGACUUUUGCUUUGUGCCUUGGCUGCUGUUUUUAAACUAUUUUAUUACGUGUGUAUGCAAAAAUGUUUGCUCUUAUUAGAUAACCACAUGAAAAGUACUGAAGUCCAUUUCUGCUAAUAUGAUGAAAAAAAAAAGAAUCCUCAUCAUAAUGAGAUUUUGUUUUGAAAUUAUGUGUUGGUGUCUCCAAAUAAUAAAAAAAAUACUCAGCAAAGCAAUGAAAAGUAUGCCAAAUACAGUAAAACCUUUCUCAGUAUCUUAAUUCUGAAAUACUAACUCAAUAUUUUGAGAAGGUUUCUGAUUAGUUUGACAUACUAACUCAUUAUACUGCAAAGCCAAGUUAUUUUGAGAACAUUUCUCAUUUUGAGAGAUCUUGUCAUUGUUUUGAGGAGGUGCAGUUGGACCCUGUUUUGUGACAUGAUGUCAUUAUUUCAAUAAGUUUUUCCACUAUAAUGACUUACAUUGAAUACUUUUUCAUCACAGUUGCAGAAAUCGGCUUCCAUAGGUUAAGUCCUAACUGUGGCUUAAAUGUAUUUGGUUGAAAGAGAGCAUGCACACAGAUGGGCAUUAGCGAGAUACUUUAAUAGUGGAGUUAUCUUCAAGAAUCAAAUGUUCCAGAUGAAUAAACAUCCGGGUGAUACAAAGAGAGAAUUUUUAUAAAUGUUGAUAACAUAUUUUAGUCUGAGCUCUAACAGGAAACAGGUUAAAAUGAAUUAAAUGUUUUUAUCCAACAUACUGGAGAAGAGUGAAAUACGAGCCAGUAUCUGCUGCUGUUGUGACUUUUAAUAAUAUUCCACAGAUAUUGUUCAGAAACCAUAUUGUUGACUAUGAUGACAUUUUAUAGUGUGAUAAUAGGAACUCUCCAAAAACAAGUGGCUUAUGUGAACUGCACUGUAUGUAAUAAUCUUUCAUCUGAAGAUGUAUGAGAUAGCAGUUGAAAUAGAAUCAUAACUGUACAAGAACCUCGUAGCUCUGAGGUCCACAAUACAAAAUGGGAUUAAACAGAGAGCACUAAAAGGGCUGAUCCACUGAAAUGAAACAUCCACUAGAAUGGUGUUGUUGUUUUUUAAAAGCAAAAAAAAAAAAAAAAAAAGCAGAGGUGUGAUUUUACUCUUUAACUGCAUUACAUGACUGUUAUCUCUUAUGAGUGCACAUGGAUGCUUUGUUGAUUGAAAUGCUUAAAUAAAUCACUCCUAUUAAACAGAACAGCAACUGGUGUCUUAGACUCA